UGCAUACUACAAUAAUUAAGCAUCAGUUGCGAAUGGCAAACCUCAGAACUACAAGAAGAAAAAUAUCAGCUUAUAUUUGUUGUCAUUCGAUCCCUUUGUACUGUUUGUGUAACAGUGCAAACAUUAAACAAACAUGCUUUUCUCCAAAUUUAGUGAUGCAAGAUCUUGAGUGAUCCGAACCUUUUGGCCCUCACCGCCCAAGUUUCUGCCGGGAUCGCGACUUAGAAAAAAAGUCCAAGCUUCGCGCGUCAAACCAAAUGCUCGUCAUUCUCUUAACCCCUCAUCAGGCAGACCGAAACUGGGUUUACUCAACUGUAAAUACAUCCAAUGGCGACAAUGGACUCAGCACAGGCGCCUGAGGCUACAAAUAGUCCAGCAGCAGCGCCCGCCGAAGUGCCCCAGGAAAGCACGUUAGACAGCACGACCAACCCUGAAUCAGCCCCUGAGAAUCACGCCGCCACCUCGGCCGCCACAGAAGACGCCGCGGCAGACGCAUCAGCAACCAAUGCCGAGAACUCAGCUGUCCCAGCAGCCGAUAGCGCGGCCGUCCAGCCUCCCAUCACAAAAAAUCAGAUGAAGAAGCUGAAGCGACAAGCUAUGUGGGCGGAGCGCAAGGAGGACCGCAAGCGCCAGCGCAAGGACAAGCGGCACGAGAAGCAGGCACACAAGCGAGCCGAGCUGGCAAACAAGAUCGCCGAGGCAGAGGCGGCAGGGCUCGACCCCAAGGAGGUACUCGCCGCCGAGCGCAAGGGUGCUGAGAAGGCCCGGCCGCAGACGGUCCCCGUCACCUUCAUCAUGGACUGCGACUUUGAGCAGUACAUGAACGACAAGGAGCUGGUGUCGCUCUCGAGUCAGGUCGUACGCUCGUACUCGGAGAACAGGAAGAGCAGGAUCCAGGCUCACCUUGUAGUCUGUCCCUGGGGAGGCAAGCUGAAAGAGCGGUUCGAGACGACGCUCGCGAACCACCACAAGGGUUGGAAGAACAUCCAGUUCCUGGACCAGGACUUUGUCCAGGCGGGCAAGGCUGCUCUGGAACUUAUGAAGGGCCCGAAUGGCGGAAAACUAAUUGGCGCACUUGCGCCGAAAGAGGAUACAGUGAUGGAAGAUGCACAUGCGUCUGGUGCGGAGAAGACGUUGGAGGACCCAACCCCAGUCCCGGAACCCGAAAAGGAAUUGGCAGAAUCCUCCAUCGUAUAUCUCACCUCAGACUCGCCAUACACGCUUGAGAGGUUAGAACCCAACACGAGCUAUGUAAUCGGCGGCAUUGUGGACCGCAACAGACAAAAAGGACUCUGCUACAAACGGGCUUGCGAGAAUGGGGUACGAACUGCCAAACUUCCGAUUACCGACUACUUGGUCAUGGCAAGUCGUCAAGUCUUGACGACAAAUCAGGUGCUUGAGAUUAUGUUGAAGUGGCUCGAGUGUGGCGAUUGGAAGGUGGCUUUCCAGUAUGUCAUCCCCAAGCGCAAGGGGGCUGUUGUCAAAGAGGAGAACUCAGAGGCGGGUCCUGCUGAAGAAAACGAGCAGGACGGCGAUGAUUACAAUGAAAACAACGAGAAUGGUAACGAGAAUGAUAAUGAAGCUGGUAAUGAGGUUGGUGAGGAGAAGGAGGAGGCAAAUGGCGGGACUGGAGCGGCUUCGAAUACACACGAUCCAGCGCAAGACAAAUCAGGUUAGUUGCCGCAAUCGGCGACUUGACUUGAUGUCUAUUGCCUGAUGAUGCGUGAGUUUAAUGGUAUUUACUACGAAGCCAAGGCUUGCUAAUGAAUUUUAUCUUGUAUUUGCUUCAUACACCCACCCUGUACUUGCCUAACAACGCUGCGUCAUCAUCAUAUCUUAGAAAACCUCCAAUGUCCAAUUCUUCCAUCUCAGUG